CCUGGGCAAGGGCAGGUGGGAAGGCAGACCGGGCGAAGUUUGGCCCCUGCGAGGCGGUGGUGUGGCUGUGCCCGGCUGUGCCUGGCCCAGCUUCUUCUCUCGCCGUCCCAGCUCCGGAGCCCGAGGCUGCCAUGGCUGCGGAGGACUCCGGCUCGCUGCCCUGGUCCAUCGACAGGGAUGACUACGAGCUGGAGGAGGUGAUCGGGAGUGGAGCAACAGCUGUGGUCCAAGCAGCUUAUUGUACCCCAAAGAAGGAAAAAGUGGCAAUUAAGCGGAUCAACCUUGAGAAAUGCCAGACCAGCAUGGACGAGCUCUUGGUACAAAAAUUCCACCCAUGUUCUUUCACACUUAAUUUAGGGUCUGUAAAUCACUAUGAUUUGGGGAGUGAUGGUAAUAAUUCUUCUUGAGGCAGGGAUUGGUUG